CUUAAUUUUUCCCCCUUCAUCUGCCUCCUCCGACUCGCUCACGCGAAGUUCGAUUUCCGCAGCUUCUCAGCAGACCGCCAUGAACGAGACAGCUGUCCCUGCAUUCCUGCUCUUCAGCCUAUCGGAGUAGAAAGAUUCGCCGCCGACGAGCGAGUCCCCGCGCCGGAACCCGAUUCGAUGGCCGCGGCAUUAUUCGCCCCGCUCGCCCCCUCAGUGCCGCCGCCCUUAUCUUCCUCCUCCUCCUCCUCCCCGCUCUACGCCGGCGGAGUUCGCCUCAGGAGCGGCGGCGGCGGCGGCUUCUCGCCUUCCCUGCCGCUUCGAUCUUCGCGGCUCGACGCCUCGAGGGGAGUCCGCGCGCGGCGCUGCCGGACGGCGAUUCGAGCCGCCGCCGACUACUACGCUACCCUCGGCGUCCCCAAGUCCGCGAGCAGUAAGGAGAUUAAGGCCGCUUACCGAAAGUUAGCUCGCCAGUACCACCCCGAUGUCAACAAGCAGCCGGGAGCUACGGAGAAGUUUAAGGAAAUCAGCGCUGCAUACGAGGUGCUUUCCGAUGAUAAAAAGAGGGCUUUGUAUGAUCAAUAUGGUGAAGCGGGAGUAAAGAGUACAGUGGGGGGCCCAUCAAAUGCUUAUACGACUAAUCCUUUCGAUCUAUUCGAAACAUUUUUUGGCCCAAGUAUGGGUGGUUUUGGGGGUAUGGACCCAACUGGAUUCAGAACAAGCCGACGUAGCACUGUUAUGAAGGGUGAAGAUCUACGUUAUGACAUGACUCUCCAAUUUUCUGAGACCAUAUUUGGAGCGGAGAAAGAAUUCGAGCUCUCCCACUUGGAAACAUGUGUCGUUUGCUCUGGUACUGGAGCAAAGCUUGGUUCCAAGAUGAGGAUAUGCUCAACAUGUGGUGGCAGGGGCCAGGUCAUGCGAACAGAGCAGACUCCUUUUGGCAUGUUUUCCCAGGUGUCUGUUUGUCCCAAUUGUGGUGGCGAUGGUGAAGUCAUUUCUGAAUAUUGUCGAAAAUGCUCCGGCGAAGGGCAUAUUCGGGUCAAAAAGGACAUCAAAGUGAAAAUUCCACCUGGAGUGAGCAAGGGUAGUAUCCUCAGAGUUGCUGGAGAAGGUGAUGCUGGACCAAGAGGGGGUCCUCCAGGUGAUCUCUUUGUAUAUCUUGAGGUUGAGGAGAUCCCGGAGAUUCAAAGAGAUGGAAUAAAUCUCAAUUCUACAGUAACCAUUAGUUAUUUAGAUGCUAUAUUGGGCGCGGUGGUGAAGGUUAAAACAGUUGAAGGACCUUCUGAACUACAGAUUCCUCCAGGUACACAACCAGGGGAUGUUCUGGUUCUUGCAAAAAAAGGUGCACCGAAAUUGAAUAGACCCUCAAUACGUGGCGACCACUUAUUUACAGUUAAGGUCACUGUACCAAAGCGUGUGAGUUCAGGUGAACGGGAGUUACUUGAAGAGCUGGCUUCCUUGAGUAGCUCUACCAGCAGUCGCUCAAGAACUCGCCCAAGAACACCACCACCUGCUCCAACUCCUGAGAAGCAGCAGGUGGAUUCUGAGAUGGAGGAGAAGAAUGAAGAAUCAGGAGAUGAAAAUGACUGGUGGAAGAAGUUGAAAGACUUGGCUGGGUCCGUUGCGAAUGGAGCUCUAAAAUGGAUGAAAGACAACCUGUAAUUCGAGGUAUCCCAUAAAUCGAAGUCAAAAGUCACAUUCGUCCUUGCACACUAUAAGUUGCCCUGAAAUUUUUUGUCCCCCAAAAAAUUUGCUGGCAGAAGAUGGCCCUAUUAACUGCUUUGGCCAUUCAGUCUUUCUCAGAGUUCUCCAGAAAAUCAAACGAUACAGCCCUCGCUGGUUAUUCUUUGAUUUUUUUUCGUUUCACUGUAAAUUUUAGCCAUUGAUCAGGUGAAAGUGGGUUCGUCUGUGCAAGUACAUUACUUUGUAAUUGUUACACAGGCAGGGAGAGUUCAAACUGAAGCCGAAGUUAGGGCUUGAGAUGGUCUUCUCGUCAUAGGGAAAAAGCACAUUGGCAGAUGAAUUUCCCCAGUGCACGUAUGGAUUACAAAAACGUGAGAUGUUGAUUUAAACCAUGAAAAAGCAAAUGCAAAUGCUUCCAAA